AUGAGAGAACGGCCCGUCAUCAGCAUCGAAAAUUACACCAUAUACUGCGGCGAUGCUGACGAGAACAAAGUAGGUGGCUGCGCGAUAGCUGUUAGGAACGAUUACAAGAACCUGGUGGAGGAAUUUGGCUCUAUCUCGUCUAAGUGCGCUUUUCUACGACUGCCGGAUCGCAGAGGACAUAAACUCUGGAUCGUAAGUGCUCACGCGCCCACGAAAACCGUUGAGGACAACAGUAAAGACGCCUUCUAUGAUGAACUCAAUGCGUUGAUGUCUAAAACACCAAGCCAGCAGGUGGUCACUGUCGGAAUCGACGCAAAUGCGAAGAUGGGACUCGAACAGCAAUCCGAUGUGCUAGGAAAAUGGUAUUAUCCAGCGGAGCGUGCGUCGGACAACGGUGACCGUCUGUUCGACUUGUGCGAAAUCAUCGACGCCACGUGGCAGGGGUUAACCCUUUUAACGCCUGAAGAGCAGCGCAAGCGAAAGAUGAGGACUCUUAAGCUUCAGCUCGACUACGUUCUGGCGAGGAACAUUCCUCAGUCAGAUAUCCGAAAAUCUAGAACUGUUUGGGACGUCGCGUUCGACUCCGACCACCGUCCAGUUCUCCUCAGCUUCAAGAUACGGUUCCACAAGAGAAACCGAAGAGUUCCUCUUCAACCGAAAAUCGACAUGGCAGGUCUGAAAGACGAUGAAUGCAGAACAAAAUUCCGCCAACGUGUGUCUAUCCAUGUUGAAGUACGGACCAGGAAGAAGCUUAGCAAUGCGGAUUCCUCCAGAAAGUGCAUCCAGGACGCUGCAAGGGAAAUACGCCCGGUUCUAAUUCCGCGGAAGAAGUUUGCCUUUGUAUCUGCGGAAACAAAAUCCACGUACAAUUCUGUAUGUGCCGCGCGCAUUGCUGGUGACUUCAACCAGGAAAAGCGUCUUAGAAGGAAGCUGCGUCGUCAACGGCAACAAGACCGCGAUAAAGAGUGGAUGUCAAGAGCGAUGGAGUUUGAGAAGGUGUGGGAGGACAGGAACCCGCGGAAAGCCUAUGCUCUACUAAAACAGUACAGCGGCAAAAUGAAAAGAUGCUCUCCAGUCCUCAACACUGCCAAUGGAGUAGCUGUCGGUGAAGCAACCCUUCCAAUUUGGAGGGAACACUUCAAGACCUUGCUGAACCGGCUAGCACCGUCAGCACCUGAACUCCAACACUUUCAUGGACCGACAUAUGCGGUUAACGAGGAACCACCGACCGAAUCGGAAGUUCUCGUGUGUAUUCAAAAAAUGAAGAAUAGAAAAUCUGGUGGAGACGACAGGAUUAGCGCAGAAAAGCUAAAAUAUCCUCCUCCGUCUGGGAUUCGUGAGAUGACAAAGAUCAUCCGUUCAAUAUGGAUAGACGAAAGGAUACCUGACUCGUGGAGACACGCUAUCAUGAUUCCUCUCCAAAAUAUGUUAUCCGUCACGGACCCUAGUAAUUAUCGACUAAUCUCUUUUCUGCGUGUUAUGUACAAGUGA